GUCCCGCGGGCUCCCGCCAACCCCCGCGCAGAUUUGGCGCCGAGCGCGCAGGCCCCUUCUCGCGGCGGGAACCUCCAGAAUCUCGCGAUCAACGCGGUUUAGCCGCCGCGUCUGGCCCCGCGCUGUGGCCGCGGCGGUGCCCCGGAGGAGGAGAAGAUGCUAGAGCCAGAGGAGAAUGGCUUGAUUGACUUACCAGAUUAUGAGCAUAUAGAAGAUGAAACUUUUCCUCCUUUUCCACCUCCAGCCUCUCCACAGAGAGGAGAUGGAGAAGGAGCUGAACCUGAUGAAGAGUCAGGGAGAGGAGCGCCUGUUCCUGUACCUCCAAAGAGAACAGUUAAACGGAACAUACCUAAGCUGGAUGCUCAGAGAUUAAUUUCAGAGAGAGGGCUUCCAGCAUUAAGGCAUGUGUUUGAUAAUGCAAAAUUCAAAGGUAAAGGUCAUGAGGCUGAAGACUUGAAAACGCUAAUCAGACACAUGGAGCAUUGGGCACAUAGGCUAUUCCCUAAACUGCAAUUCGAGGAUUUUAUUGACAGAGUUGAAUACCUGGGAAGUAAAAAGGAAGUUCAGACCUGUUUAAAACGAAUUCGACUUGACCUACCUAUUAUACAUGAAGAUUUUAUUAGCAAUGAUGGUGAAGCAGGAGAAAAUCAUGGCUAUGAUAAAACUGCUACCGAAUUAGAUCCCUUUUUGACAAACUUAGUGGAAAGUGAGAACUUUGUUUCUGAGCCAAAUAGAAGCCUAACAGAAGAACAACAACAGAGAAUAGAGAGAAAUAAACAACUGGCCUUGGAAAGAAGGCAGGCAAAACUACUAAGUAAUAGUCAGUCCCUUGGAAAUGACUUAUUAAUAAACACACCCAGGGCACCAACCAUCGAAGAGGAUGAGGAUCAAGAAGAGUCAUCAGACAGAUUUCACAAAGACAUUCUAGACAAUCCACAUAAUGCUGCUGAUGUUAAUACUGUAAAUGAAGAGGAGGAAUUAAAAAUAGAGCACACACCACUGGACCAAUCCUUUUAAAAUGUACAAUAGUAACUUUAUGGUUUAUCCAGAAAUGUUACUAAGAUUGGAUAGGGUUCAACUAAGAGAAAAUCUAUUAGCUUGCUGUCCUCUAAGUUUUAGAUUAGUAUAUAUUUUGUUUACUUGGAGUGAAAACACAGAUUCCUUUUUAAAAUCUGGUAUUAUUUAUAUUUAUACUUGUUUCUUACUAUAGUUGAGCCUAUUUAUUCUCUUUAGUGUUUUUAUAUAGAUUUAACUUUGUGAAAAUAAGUAGUUAAGCACCUUCUGCUAGUGUGCCAUUGAAUGUUUUGUUUUCAGUAAAUUGGGGAUUUUAAGAUAUAAAUAUAUAUUGAAUAUUAAUGUCCAUUUUUAAGAAAUAAAAAUCUUAUAAACUAUC